AUGGUAUUAUUUCUUACAAUGCAGUGGAGUUCAACACGCAUUUGCCCUUUCAAAAGUGUUCCAUCAUAAACAGCCUUGAGAAUUUAGAACUAGAGAGAAUGGUGUGGCCUGUUAGCUACGCAGCGGAACUUGGCUUUGCUGCUCUUGUUUGACUGACUAACACAACCACGUUUUCUAAGUGGCUCUCUAGUUAAAAAUAUAUAACAGCAGGUCCACUAAAAGCUUUUGCACACACUGUAAAUUAUGAAUAUAAAUAGCUAUACUGCCAUGCAUAAAUGUCUUUCUGCCAGCUUUGUCUCCUGCCCCACCCUUUCCAUCUCCCAAUUUCAUUUAGUCAUUCCUGCUCCACCUGUCCUGUGAGGUCAGCCCACUGUUCCCCUUAAUCCCUUGGGGUGCUCAUUUUGCGACCACCUAAUCCACCAGUGGCUGCCGGCCCGAACCACACUCACACCUGCAGGUUUGCACAUGCGCUUCCAGCUAUUUUUGAACUGCAUAUUCAAAUACCCCAUCAUACUUGAAUGCAUGUACACCUAGUCAUCCAUCGAGGAGACACAUUGUUUCCACCUUGCUAUAAAACUCCCCUACUUUGUACAGUAGGCACACUUCUGCUUGUGUGUGGAGCUGAUCCCGCAUCUUCAUACAGCCAUGUCUGACAUAGAAGAGGAAUAUGAAGAGCAGGAAGAGGAGGAGGUAGAGGAGGAGGAACAGCUACAUCAACAGGUGGAAGAGGAGGAGGAAUAUGAGGAACAACCUGUACAUGAGGAGGAGGAGGAAGAAGAGGAAGAGCAGCAGGUGUACGAGGAUGAAACAGAAGAGGAACGUCCCAAACCAAAGCCACUGAUACCUCAAAUUGCUCCACCAAAGAUUCCCGAAGGAGAUAGGGUCGAUUUUGAUGACAUUCACAGAAAGCGAAUGGAGAAAGACAUGCUGGAGCUGCACACGCUGAUUGACGUCCACUUUGAACAGAGGAAGAAGGAUGAGGAGGAGCUUAUUGGACUCAAGGACCGAAUUGAGCGUCGUCGGUCAGAGCGUGCAGAAAUUCAAAGAGUCCGAGCUGAGAAGGAGAAGGACCGACAGAACAGGAUUGCGGAGGAGCGUCAGAGGAAAGAAGAGGAAGAAGCCAAGAAAAAGGCCGAUGAUGAAGCCAAGAAGAAGAAAGUACUAUCUGGCAUGGGUGCCAACUUUGGAGGCUUCCUGGCCAAGGCUGAGUCGAGGAAAGGCAAGCGUAUGACUGGAAGGGAGGUCAAGAAGAAGACACUGGCAGACAGACGUCAACCACUUGGCAUCGAAAGUAUGAGAGAAGACUCCCUCAGACAACGAGCUCAGGAGUUGUGGAACUGGAUCUACCAGCUGGAGUCUGAAAAAUUUGACCACAUGGAGCAUAUGAAGCACCAAAAAUAUGAGAUCAUUGUGCUGCUGAACCGAAUCCAACACGCUCAGAAAUUUAAAAAGGGGCACGGCAAAGGGAAAGUGGGUGGCCGCUGGAAGUAAAAAUGCGAAAGGAAGAAUCAUGAAUCGAAACUCAAGUAUUAACAAGAGAAGAACAGGAACAGGACUCCUCAACCUGUAGGAGCUACAGUAUUUGGCUUUUCUGUGCGUGAGACUAAUUGUUUGUUGAUAAUGUGUAAUAAUAA